AUGGAGACCAUAAAAGCUAUGUUUGUCAAACCAGACCCGCAAACGCAGAUCCGAAAAUGCAACGCGUUGAUCCGAUCCAACAUCCGUAAGCUCGACCGUGACAUCUCCCAGGUCAAGCAGGGCGAGGCCCGGGCGCGCAACCUGAUCGUGCAGGCGGACCGGCGGGCGCAGAGGGACCCGAGCCGGCAGAAGCAGGCGCUCAAGGAGGUGCGGGGCUUGGCGCGCGAGCUGAUCCGGGCGCGCCGCACGUCGGCCCGGCUCGUCACCUCCAAGGCGCAGCUCAACAGCGUGCAGAUGCAGGUCAACGAGGCCUUUGCCCUGCGCAAGAUCGAGGGCAGCAUCCGCGCCAGCGUCGGCGUCAUGAAGGACGUCAACUCCCUGGUCCGCCUGCCCCAGCUGGCCCACACCAUGCAGGAGCUGAGCGUCGAGCUCAUGAAGGCCGGUAUCAUCGAGGAGAUGGUCGGCGACGUCCUGCCCGAGACGGACGUACUGGGCGAGGACGAGGAGGAGGCCGAGGGUGAGGUCGACAAGGUCCUGGGCGAGAUCCUCAAGGACCGCAUGGAGAAGACGGGCGCCCUACCUAGCGUGCCCCCACCGCAGCAAGAGGUGCCCGCACAGCCACAGGAGGAGGAGGAGGAUACCGAGGCCAUGAUGGACCAGAUGCGGAAUCGUUUGGAGGCUCUGAGGAGCUAG